AUGCAGAAUCCUAGUGAGGAUACAGAAUGGAACGAUGCGUUGCGUCGGCAUGGAAUUUUGCCGCAAAAAGAAAGCGAAGUUACGGAAGAUCAGUUGAUAAACAUGGUCGAAGAAACCGUACAGAAAAGAACUGGAAUGAAUGUAGUCAAAGCUUAUGAAGACAUGACUUUAGAUGAGCUAGAGGAACUUGAAGAUGAAGAAGAUGAACGCGUUCUUUUACAAUAUAGGUAGGAGAUCAGUGUGUAACGUGGAGUUAUGAUGAUGUUUUUCACUUUAAUCUAUGUAGCAAGGAAUAGAAACUAUUUUUACCUUAUAAGGAAAUGUUAACAAAUCCUUUGAGAUUUGACUUGCAAAAUGGCUUGUCAAGAGUUUUUAAAAUUUAAAGGUUUUUAUCCACCGACUAUAAAAUUCACUGUUAAAUGAAAGUACUCACGCCAGUAUUAACAAACGAAAUUCGCAAAAUUAUAACACUCUUCUUUUUCAAAAGUGUUAUCCCCAAAGAGCAAAAUGCCACAUCCUACAUGUUUGAGAAUACAACUAUUUUAAAAUUUUAUUUAUAUUGGACAAAGCACUGACCCCCCAGUCCAUGGACUACCCCCGUGGACUGUCCCGAUGGACUACCCAAAAAUGGACUACGCUGCUGAAAAUUAAUGAUUAGGGUUAGGAAACUGAGUGAAUCAAGUUUCAGGUCAGUUUUCCCUGUAUAAUUGCCCUCAAUGGAACCUGGUUGACUCAGUUUGCUACCCCUGAUCACUAAAUUCCAGCAGCGUAGUCUAUUAUAGGGUAAGUUAAUAUUGGUAGUCCAUAGGGGUAGUCCAUGGACUGGGGGUCAGUGUUUUGUCCACCACCUUGAAAAACACCGAAAUACAUGUACCAUGUGAAAAGUGCUGCAAUGUCACAGUAUUACAAACUGUAAAACCCCCCUCAACAAAUUGUCUUGUAAGAUGUAUCUAUCCUCAUUUUUUCAAGACAGCAAAGGAUAGCAGAAAUACAAAAAUUGCAGCAGGCAUCAAAGUUUGGUGAUGUAAGAGAAAUUUCUGCUCAGGACUAUGUAGAUGAAGUCAACAAAGCUGGUAAAGGAGUAUGGGUAGUUCUACAUCUCUACAAAUCUGGGUAUCCUUUUGUAAUAAUAUUGAGCCCUUUUACAGUGAACUCAGAGACGUGAACACCAGAAAUCUUUUUAAAAUAUUGUUAUUGGAAAAGCCAAUCAUGUGUGUUAUUAGUAGAAAUUAAAUGGUUAAUUGGUCUCUCUAAGGGGUUAGAGGGAACAUUUGGCUUCUUCUUUUUGCCCUUUGGCAUGAAUGAUGAGCAUAUCUGGAGCCCAUUUCUUGAAAGACCUGACACCUUUUUGGGCCCAGAAUGAUCCAUACUGUUCUUACAUGUAAAUGAUCUUGAAAGUUGAAACAAUUUGUGCUGGUUUGUAGGUUAAAACCUGCAUUACUGUUCUUCAGUCACCUUCAAGCCCUUUAAACACUAGAAUAAACGUUGGGCUUGUUCUUUUUUGUUCAUGGUUAUAUGGUUUCAUUGUUUUUUUUUUCUUCAAAUUAUGACUCGUUAACAGAGCUCGAAAAAAAAUUAAAUUCCAGCACAUUCUUUGGGCAAGCAACCAUCACAUUUUGCCUGCCCAGCACAACUACUUAAUUGUCUUAGCUAACAGGGAGCUUAAGCAAGAGCAACAGCGAAGGCCACAAAAACGUCACUUACAAAGACUAAAAAGUGAAUUUGUGCUGUCUCAAACUUUAUCGCGCUUAUUCCAUCUUGUUUAACUCGUCAAAUGUUGGCAGUUUUUCUUGUAGUUGAAUUCUAAAGGACUGUAUCAAAGUUCAGGAAAAGAAAAAUAAAGUUGUUGUCUUUUUGUUGCCAUCCUUGACAAAAUUUGAAAUUUGGCACUUUCACAUUGUAGUCGUGCAGUGAAGGCUAAGAAAUGUACAAAAGAGUGUGAUGUUGUUGUUUUGCUGAUAUAAACCUACAGCUAUUUUCCAUUUUCGUUGCUGUCGCCGUUGUCGUAAUGGUUAGUCAGAGGAUCACUCACCUGGACCUUUGCCCAUUGCGCAAGGGAGCUUUUAAAGUUACUUGCCCAGCAGGAAAAACUACUCGUCCUGCUGGAUGACUGGACGGGAUUUUUUUUGUCCAGCUGUACAGGUUCAAAUUUUGCUGGAAAAUGUCAAAGUAGCCAACAAGAUUUCUUAGGUGACUGAUGAUCAGGCUGCAAUACUAUUUUUUCUUCCUUGUUGAGUUAAUUUUAAAAUAACUAGAUGCCAUUUUGCCAUCCAUGUGUUCAAUCAUAGAUCACAUUUUUUUUAAAUUGUCAUUUAAAUUAAACUGUAAUUUGUUUAUCCACAGAGCACUUAGGAGUUCUUAAGAACUCAUUGAAAUGUGUCUGUGUACUCCAGAUUGAAUUGUAAUUUGGAAGUGUUGGUUUUUAAAGAAAGUGAAAAACCGAAGUAUCUAGAGAAAAUCCUCUUGGAGCCAGAGAGAGAACCAACAACAAACUCAAGCCACAUAUGGCCUCGACACCAGGAUUCAAACCUGGGUCACAUUGGUGGAUUUGUAGAAGGCGAGUGCUCUCACUACUCUGCCACCCUUCCUCAUAAAUAUUGCUGGUGAAAAAAAAUCUACCACAUCCCAAGGCUCAGGUAGAAAGCGUAUUCUGGUGUUUAAUUUCCCAACAAAGAUUACCUCUGUUAAGAUAAUACAGCAAAGAUUUGUGAGUUGCUUUUUUGUUUUGUGCAACAUUUGUAUUGGUUCCUCCUUAACUUCCAAUUCAGCAUCCCAUUGUGUGCAUUAAUAAAUCAGUAUUUUAGCCGCCUUGCACAGAAGUUUCCAGCUACAAAAUUCUUAAAGAGCAUAUCAACAACAUGUAUACCAAACUAUCCAGAUAAACAUCUACCAACUAUAUUUAUCUACUUUGAGGAUGAUAUGAAGAGGCAGUUUGUAGGACCACUGGUGUUCGGAGGAAUGAAUUUGAAGAUUGAUGGUAAGUUGAUAAGCUAACAAUAAAUUUUGUUGCUCUUUCUUCUGUCUUGAAUGGGAUACUAGUUCGUCCUGGGUUACCUCCAGUGUUUCAUAUUCAGUAGGUAGAUAGAAUGUUUGGAUUGUCUAGGUGAAUGUAAUCCUGAAUAAGACUGUUUCUAAAAUGACUGACGUUUCAACAACUUGUGUUGUCAUUAUCAUCGGAUUCAAAGUGAGUUGUGUAUUGUCUGGUGAUGGUAUGUAACUUUGGUUAUUGACCAGAUAAUUGGUCAUUUAAGCUAAGCCGUGAUGUUAUUGGCUUGGAUGUCAUCUGUUUAUCUGGGUGAAGAGAAAAACUGAGGAGCAAAGUUUCUGGAAAAAGUUGACAGUUGACUUUCUUUGUUAUAACAGUUGUGUGUGGCAGCCCAUUGCCACUGGUGGCACAUACAUCGAGUCCGUUGAUUCAUUGAAGUUGUUGGUGUUCACAUUACCAAAGAUCUAUCAUGGGCCGUUCACUGCCAUUAUGUUAUUAAGAAAGCGAACAGAAGACUCUACACCCUAAGAAAUCUUAGAAAAGUGGAGUGCAUUCGGAUGAUUUUGUUAUUGUGUACUGUUCACUUGUCAGACCUGUACUUGAAUAUGCAGCCGCUGCUUUUGCUAAUCUCCCCAAUCAUCUUGGAUAAUGGCAUAGAGAAAAUCCAGGAGCAUGCCCUCUCCAUUAACUACCCCUACUUCAUAUGAAGACGAACCUCUCAAACUUCAUCAGCUUUGUGAGGUGAUAGGUUACGUAAAAGAGAAGUUAUGAAUCCCCAAGAGAGGAUUGUAAAUUGGUGGUAUAUUGUUCAGUCACUGUCCUCAGAUGGAGUAUAAAGUAGUUCAGAGAACCAACAAUCUGGACCCCUUCCCCACACCCGGAACCAACACUGACCUCUGAGUUUGUGUUUUUUUUCCGGUACAUGUACAUUUACUAGCAGCGCUACAUUGUUUAAUUCUUUUAGCCCCAAUAUUAACAUACAAAUUCUCCAAACUCAUCUUCAUACAUCUCCCUUAAUAGGGAUGAGGGCCUGGACCUACCACCAAUUUACAAUUCUCCCUUGGUGAUUGGUAACUUUUCUGUUAUACAACCUGUCACCUCACAACGCUGAUAAGUCUGAGUUAUUCAGACAAAAUAUUUGUUUCGUUUCUUAAUGUUUACUCUGAGUUUUGGAAUUUUUUAUGCUAAAUUAGACAAAAGUGUUUUAUUGCAUAUAUUAUAAUCACCUUCCAACCAGUCGAAAUCCUAGUUCUCCUCUUCAAUUACUACAUGAACACUUCUGACUAUUCGUAAAGAAUAAUAUACUCUUAUUUUUUCCUGUAAUGUUAUUUUUUCAAAAUGUGUAAUUUGUGAUUGCAGAAUUAGAGUGGAUGUUGUCCGAAGCAGGGGCAGUGAAAACAGACUUAGAAGAAGAUCCUCGAAGGAGAAACAAAAUCCAUGAUGUCAUGACAAGUUCAUUACGGCAAGCAAAUGUGAAGGACAGUGACAGUGAUGAUGAUGAUGAUGAUGAGGAUGAUUAGGCCUAUCUAAUAUAAUAGUAUGUCAUUUUUAUCCAGUUUGUAAAUAAGGUGGUUAUUUGUUAGGGGGUGAUACUUUGGUAUUCAAGAAACUAUUAUUGUAAUUAUUACAAUAAUAGUUUCUUGAAUAAGCAUCACCCCCUAACAGAUAAGCAUCUUACCCCAGAGUUUGAAGCAAACACGAAUGUUACAGCUCUCAAAUUUUGCUUUUCCAUGGCAGUUUCUUUCUUGUCUAAGUUCAUUUUUUAGUUGAAAAGUAACUUGCCUUGGCCCUUGUCCAUUAGUGAGAGAAACAUGAAAGGUUACUUAUACAGAUGGAAACUCUUCCUGCUCCAGACUGCAGAUAGGACCGUUUUUAGCCUGCGAACACAGCUGUCUGAACACAGCUGUCUCUUCUGGAUUCUGGCCAAUUGGAUUGUUUCACGGUAUAGACAAUUAUUGACUGUUUGCGUUAGAUUCAUAGCAUUUACAUUUGACCUCUUUGACCUUUUGUGUGUCAUUUGUAAACAAUAGCAGAAGAAAUAUAUUACUACAUUGACCAAUCAGAGCUCCUAACCAGAUUCUGGACAGAUUAUAUGCUAUCAGUAUGGCAUUUCUAGCAGUGAGGUGCGGACAUCUCUCCCGCGAAACAUCCCUAGUGGCUAGGAGCAAGGGGAAACAUCUGCUACCUUCAUGAACUAUGCAGCCCUCUCAAAAUUAAUAAGGGCCCCUCUUUCCCUGUCUAAUAAAAAUAUCCCAAAGAAAUCUUAUGAGAACCAUUUUGCAGGUGUCCGUGCAAAAAAUUUCCCCUUGAUAUUUUUGUUGUACUUGAAAGUGAUCAAAACUUACAAAAUUUUGGUUUACUGGCUCAGUAUGUUUCACUUAAGGAAACGUGGCAUUGAACUUUUCCCAAUGAUUUGUACUUAGUUUGGCAGAAAUCACAUGUGUUUUAAAACGUCCAUUUCCUGGCCGUUUUGCUUUGUGACCCUAUUAUUGGAUAAUGAAAAAAAACUUUUUUCCUUCACCUGUGUGGAAGAUCUAUGAGGGUUGUCCUGAACGGAGUAGUUCUCCGGUGUUCCACAAGGCUCGAU